AUCUUCUAUUGACGUAUCCGCAGUGAAUGCGCGCAGUUAUAUUGACUGUUUUCAACGUAAUUAUUUACCACGAGUUUGGACUUUAAUUAAUAUUUCUGUUCUUACAGGUGGUAUGGAAGUGUCGUCUGAUCGCUAAAUACCAAUAUUUACAAGUUCAGAGGUGCAUAGUAUGCGUUCAUUUUGGGUACAGUUUAUAGUUCUUGGUGUUUAUUUACUUUUGGUUUUCAUUAUAUCUCGCUUAAUUGAUUUUGCAUCAUGGUUUCAACAUGGAAUUUCGUCGACACAAGUUGUUGAUCCACUGUUGUUGAGCGUCAGACAGCUGAAACAGUUAUUAGACAACAGAGGCGUUAGUUACACAGGGUAUGUGGAGAAAAAGGAGUUAGUGGAGCUGGUAGAUGCUUCAGCGGAAGUGACACAUGGAGAGGUGGAACAUUUGAAUGGACCGGAUUCUCGAAUUGUGCUAGAACAGCCUGCACGCUUUUCUGGUGGAGCACAUUUUUAUGAGCAGGUAGAAGAUACUAAGGACAGUGUGUGGCUUGUUCAAGUUGUGCCAGCUGAUGGUGAACCUCUCCUAGAUGACCUCAGCUGGCAUGUUGUCAGGUCACAUCUGGCACCCUUUGCUAUUCGUACUGGAGUCUUUGACUGUCGCCUUGACCGGAGACUAUGUGGCAGUAAAGGAUGGGAUCAGCCUCUUCUACUCCUGGCUCUACCAAAGGGGUCAAGGCCUAAAGAUAGAGUAAUUCUUCGUACUUUCACUUCAACAAGACCACAGGCAAUAGUGGAAUGGGUAAGAGAACAGCUGUCCAUCAGAGUAAAAAGAGUGAAAAGUGUUGAGGAAGUUCAGUCAGAGUGGUUCGGUGAGGAUGAAGCAGCUGUUAAUGCACAAAACAGUGAAGUCCGUGUGCUGUUAUUGACUCAUCUUUUACAUCCACCACUCUUCCUGGCAGCACUCAGUGUGAAAUUCACAGGACGAAUCAAGUUUGGCGUGUUUACUGUGAAAAAAGAGGAUGCAGAAAUGGUGCGCAAGAAACUUGGUCUGUCAGAUCAGAAGCUUCCAGCAUAUGUUGUUGUGACACCAGAGAGGAAGGUUGUUUAUGGUCGCAGAAAAUUUGAACACUUCAAUUAUGCUGCUAUGAACCUCUUCCUUCGUUCUGUACAGCCAGAAACUAAUGAUGUCUUCCUGUGUAGCUUAGUGCUGGUCAACAUGCUUGUCAGUAUUCGGAUGUUUCAGGUCACAGUGAAGUUGUGGUGGAAGCAUUUGGCACAAUGUGUAUGGACGCUUGUGAGCUACAAUCUUUGGCUGUUUGCAAUUUGGCUGCUAAUUCUUGCAGUUUAUCGCUUUUGUGUCAUUGGUUUUAUUUUGGACAUGAUACUCAUUGUGGUGCGAGAACUCAACUUGACAGAAGCUGCGGCAGCUGUACGUUCUGAUCUGUGGUUAAUGUGCCAACGGCCAUAUGUGGUGAUGGGUUCACUCUUGGUAUAUUUGGUGGCAAUAGCAGGCUUCAUACAAGACCCUUUGCCAGAGGAAGAUGAAGAUAAUAACAGAUCAGGAGUCCCAGGAGGUAGAUCAUGGUGGUAUUCAUUACCAAUUGGCUCUCGUUGGAUUGACUGCUUCUUUCGACCUGCCCAAGCUCUUGGAAUACAAGCUCCAACAGAUUUUGACAUGGAGGAAGGUAUAGAGAUGUUAAUUGAACGACUGGCUGUUCCAAAUUUGUGGUUGCAACCUUCUGUUAUUCCUACAGAUUAUGUGAAGGAGCUACCAUUAUGGCGGUUCAGAAUUCCUAGUACAUCAAGCUCUGAAAAUACAAAGUGCUGCAAAUCCAAUAACCAGUUGCAGUUAAAGGUUCUUGACACUCACUGUGUUGACUCUCCAGAAACAGUAGCACGUAUGAUGGAUGGUGAAGAACCAGGACCUCAUUUUAGGGAGCCAAACUUGCCUCAUCAGAAUAAUGAAUGCAAAUGUGUACCUGCUGCAAGGGAAGAAAGCUCAGAAAGUGAGGAAAGUACAAGUGCUUCUUCUCCUGAGGAGAAUACCAUUUUAGGCACAAUGGGUUGCUGGUGGGAAUCAGUUCCGCCAGGAAUGUUGUUGGCUUUGGACUGCGCUGUCUGUCUGGAACCAUAUGUUGACGGUGCAAUACUUUGUGGAUUGCCAUGUGGACAUAGCUACCACCAGCCCUGUAUAUUUACUUGGCUGUCAAGGGAUAACCACCAUUGCCCUGUCUGCCGUUGGCCAGCUUAUCGCAACAAGGUGCAUCAUCCUCAUGCAGACUGAAUAACGUUGCGAAUGGAACUUUCAUUAAGGAACACAUGGAUAUGCAGAUAUUUCUUUCCCCGCUGAAGUGUCCCAUCACAUUGAUCAAUCUCGCCACUUUUGAUCAAAAAUAUUGAUGUAUCAUGUACAUUUGAAAUUAGAUUAAGAAAUACUUUCUUCAGAAGUCAUUGUUUAAUUUUAUAUUUGCCAUAUGUCAUGUAAUCAUAAAUCUGUUUUUGUUACCUUUAUAUUUAUAAUUUAUAUAUACACAAAUCUUUAAAAGCUUUUAUAUUUAUAAUUUAAAUAUACAGAAAUAUUUAAAAAGGAAAAUAAUAAGUUGUUUGAAUUGAGCUUUAAUUCUGCUGGAGUCUGGUAAAAUAUAAAUUCAUAAGCACUAUAGAACUCGCAUUGUUUAUACUGAGAGGAAAAAAAGAGACAGAGCAAUAGAAGCUUUUUGUUAUGAUUUCUCUAUUCAUGAUAAUAUUAAACUACAUUCCAAUGAUGUGGAUUGUGAGAAGUAUGACUGUUCAGUGAGCAAAAUAGUAUUGGGAGAGUUAUGUCAAUUUAUAAUAUGUAUGUGUUCCUUAUAUAUCAUAGAUUUCACUGUGCCACGUAUACUUAUGAGCUGCAUAUACAUUCCCUAAAAUUUGGUGGUACAAAACCGUGAUAUUUUGUUGUUCUGUCAUUUUCUUGUAUUAUAUUUCCUUUAAGCAUAGAAACAAGUUCCUUAAAAAUUGUUUUCCUUAGUUGGUGUACAUAUUGUCAUUAAAUGUUGUUGUUCCUCGUGUACCAUUAUAUGUAUAUGCACACACACACACACACACACACACACACACACACACACACACACACACACACACACACAGAUAUAAAUAAGUAUCUUAGUACAUUCUGCGUAUAUACAACUUUAAAGAAAAUUGAAAUCAUACUGUUCGAAUGUCCCAAUUGAUGUCUAUGAUUAAAAAAUAAUGAAUUUGUGUGC